AUGAUUGAGACAACCACCAUCGCCCCGCUGACGCUGCGCUACACCGGCCUGGACCCCGCCGACGCCCUCGCCGUGAGCCUGCGCCCCGACCUUUCCUACCACCUGCUCGAGCGCGCCCCCAAGCUGGACGGCCCCGAGGCCUACGACUCCUGGGCCUGCAAUGCUGAAAACGCCCUGGCCGAGGGCGGCUACUGGGGCUUCAUCGACGGCACCUGGGACCACCUCGACCGCACCGAGUGGUGGCGCCACGGCGACGCCCAGGCGCAGGAGAUCAUCGAGAGCUCCUGCGCCGACGCCAUCCUCCAGUCGGUCCUGUCCGAGGACGGCGAGGCCAAGAUCAACACGGCCGCGAAGUUGUGGCGCUUCCUGAAGGCCGCCCACGGCUGGCUGGGCGAGGUGACAUACUCGGGCCUGCUGCGCCGCUGGAACAGCGUCACCAUGGCCGCCUGCGUCAGCGGGGCCCGCCCCUUCGCGCGCGAGCUGAUGCAGAUCAACAAGGACCUCCGCGAGCUCCACGAGGCCUACGCCAAGGCCACCCUGGAGAUGAACGCCUGGUUCCUGUACACGCUCAGCGAGGAUUUCGACACCAAGCCCGGCCAGUGCAUGGAUUUCGGCGUGCUGCAGCGCAAGGUUGCUGCCUGCGAAGAGACGCUGAAGCGCGCCGUGGCUGCCGCUGCCGUCCGCACCGCCCAGAUUGAGCGCGACGCCGAAGCCGCAAAAGCAAAGCUGGGCGGCUGCGGCCGUUACGUGGACCUUAUGCCCGACGAGCCCGUGGCUGCUUUUGGCUUGCGCUGCGCCCCAGCACCGCCGCUUCCCGCUUCGGGAUGGCACGAAAAGAGGAGGCUGGACCAGCAGUGCCGGCCCUCGAAGAGAGUCAAGACCGAAACCUGA